AUGAAUUGGGAUGCAGUAUAUUUCUAUUACUUUGUAAUUCACACACCAAUUACUCUACUGAUGGAUUCAACAUUCGUGAUUCCUCAUGAAUAUCAAUUAUCAAUCCAACGUAAACUGAGUGAAUUUCAUAUAAAGCAGAACCAAGAUUUCAUUGCCAUUGAAAAACCACUUUGGAUUCAAAUAUUUGUUGUUUGGGAGUUAAUAUUUCAGUUACCUUUUUUUAUUUAUGGGAUUAUGGACUACUUCAAGAAUAAUAAAACAGGUUACAGUGUACACUCAUGGCCAAUGUUCCUGUUAUAUGGAUUUAAUGCAGGCUUUACGUCAUUGGUCUGUCUCAUUUACAUCUUGAGCGAAGGUCCCACCCAUGGUUUAUCUACAGGCUCACUGAUAAAUCUAUUUUCAUUAUAUGUCCCAACCACAUUAUUGCCAUUCUACAUGAUGUACGAUUUUUAUCAUAGAAUUGGCAAAUUAUUAAAAGAAGAUAAACCUAAAGUUCUAUAG